AUGUUGACCGCAGAACGCAUCGGGUACGACCCGCGUAACCUAACAUGGGCGAACGACAAGGACCGCUUCUCUCUCAAGCACAUGAGCAAGCUCGGAUGGGAGGAGGGCUCCGGAAUCGGCAAGGAUGCGUCCGGUCGUUCAACCCACAUCGCCGUUAUGAGGAAAAUGGACAACACCGGUAUCGGCAUGGGCCGCGCGAAGAAGGAGGGCGACGAGCUCAGCGCGGGUGCCGGCCAGGCCGGAGCUGGUCUUGAGGACGUCCUCAAGCGGUUAGCGUCGAGGAAGAACACUCCGUCGACCACUGCCGAGCCUUCGCCCGUCUCUACGCCGACCGAGUCAAGCCCGGGUCCGUCUUCUCGCCAGCGCCACCUCCACUCCAAGCGGUUAGCUUCCCAGUCUCCUGCCGCCCUCGCCGAGAUCCUCGGUGUCCCCGUGUCUUCCCUCCCCGCGACUCCGACAGAAUCGCCCUCCGAUUCUGGCGCCUCGACCCCGGCCGCCAAGGAGUCCUCGCCCGAGCCCAGCACCCCAGCCGAGUCUGACGGCGAGCCUCAGCGCCUCUCGCUCGAGACGAUCACGACCUCCAAGAUGUCCGUUUCGGAUUACUUCCGACAGAAGCUGCGUGAGAAGGCUCUCGCCCGCCAGGCCGCUAGCGGAUCAAGUACGCCGGUACCCACGCUGUCCGCGGGAAGUCUUGCGGUGAUGGAGGAGGUCAAGAUCACGCAGGAUGGCGUUGGAUGGGAGGGAACGAAGAUGAAGUUCGAGGAGGUCGAGACGGAGCUCGCAGACCUUGGACCAGAGUACGAGCGCCCGGGAGAGGGUAGCUCCCGUUCAAGCCGAGGGCCCCGUACUACCCCGCGCACGGCCAAGAGCGGGCGGUCGAGCACGUUCAUAGGGCAAAGCCGACGAUUCUCGAGACCUUGA